AUGGGUAUUGAUCUCGAGCACAGAGGCAGGAAGAAGAAGGGCGGCCGCAAGGCGGUCAAGUCCCAGAACCCGUACCUUCGCCUCCUCGUGAAGCUGUACCAGUUCUUGGCUCGCCGCACGAACAGCAGCUUCAACGCGGUCGUCCUGAAGCGUCUCAUGGGCCCCAGGAGACUGAAGGCCCCAAUGUCGCUCUCCAAGCUCGCCCGGCACAUGAAGGGCAAGGAGGACAACGUCGCCGUCAUUGUCGGCUCCGUCACUGAUGACAUCCGCAUGGUUAAGGUCCCCAAGCUGAGCGUGUGCGCGCUGCGCUUCACGGAGACCGCCCGUCGUCGCCUGGAGAAGGCUGGCGGAGAGUGCCUCACGUUCGAUCAGCUCGCCCUCCGACGCCCCAAGGGCUCCAAGUGCGUUCUCCUCCGUGCCGCCACGAAGAGCCGCACCGCCGACAAGCACUUCGGUCCUGCCCCAGGUACUCCUGGCUCCAAGGCGCGCCCGUACGUGCGCGCGACAGGCCGAAAGUUCGAGAAGGCUCGUGGACGAAGAAGGUCGCGUGGAUACAAGAACUGA